CGCGCGCAAUUCCCAUUCAUCCGCCAAACGCAGCGUAAUCAGCACGCCGAUAGCUACCCCUCGCCAGAUACCAGAGUACGCCGCCGCCGCCGCCGCCGCCACGGUUAUUAUAUCCAUCAUCAUCAUCAUCUCAUCGUCGUCGCCGUAAUUAUUGAGCUGUGAAAACCGUUUGGACUCGCCGAUCUCACCUAUAUACUUAUAUAUAAUAUUAUACACACAUAGAGCACACGUUCGUCCGCUUCCGUUCCUGGACACCCGGAGACCGGAGUGCGGUCGGAUCGCACGCUGCAGAUGGAACUUCGGUGGUGGUGCGGGCGGAAGCAUCCGCAGCAACAGCGGGUCGACGAUCGGACGGCGACGACAUUACGGGCGGUGGUGACGGUAACAGCUGCAGAUUUCUGACGAUGUACCCACGCGGGCGUGUUUCAGAGGCCCACCAGUGUUGACCGUUCACAUGACGUCCGAUAACAAUGGCGACUCCGCGGUGGCGUCGUCGGGCUGCAGUGGUCGCCUAAGCUCCGUACCCGGCGCUAAAACAGGCCGCGUCCCCGCCAUUGCCGCCACUACCACCGCCGCCGCCAAGGGGAUACUAGUACACAACAACAAAAAAUCAGCUAAUACGAACCGUGUGAGUUUUGUCACGAAUUCGUCUACGACAGCGUCCUUGUCAUCGUCAUCUCCGUCGCCCGCUCCUUCGCCGUCGGUCGAGCGGUCCAGGAAAAAAAAUCACCAACAACGGCGAUCGGUCGACGGGGGCGACGACGUCCAAAAGUUGCCUUACCACGCCCGGACUGGCAGACGGCUGACGGGGUUCGGCGUCAAGAGUUACUUGCACGAGUUCUAUGACGAUCCCGAUGGCCGCGAAUUAUUUCAGGACGACGGCAGUGGCGGCAGCGACGACGACGAUUUCAAAUACUUGGUGGAACCGGAAAUCCGUUGGUAUCACCACUGCAGUGGCGCGUUCGCGGUACUCGGACUAGCCGUCAUGGCUGUGGGUGCGAUAGCGAUGGCUGCCGGCCACCUGAUACCAGCCAAGGACCCAGUAGUCGGUCGGUCUUCGCACAUGGAGGUGAUCGACCGGAGGGCUGUUUUGUUCAAUGAUCACUUGGCCUUGUGCCGUUACAUCGGUUCGGUGGUGUUCGCCGUCGGCAUCGUGUUCACCGUCGUCCGGUUUUGGGUGUCGGUAAUAAGGAACGGCGGCAGCGGCGUCGUAAUCGGUGACAACGGCAAAGAUCGGGCCGCUAAGAAACUGCGGACCGACCAGGUGCGACCGUCGCCGACCAAGACGCAGACCGUCCGAAUACCCAUCACGGGCACGUUGGAAAACGUACAGCCCGACCCGUUGGCCAUAAAACUGCAGUUCGCCGACAGCGGUUAAAAGACUACAAUUUUAAAACGCAAUAUUAUUAAAUAUAUUAUAAUAUUAUUAUUUAUAUGCUAUAAUAUUAAGUACCUACGUAUACUGUUGUAGCAUGAAAUAUAUAGAUAGUAUUGUUGUU